AAGUGCCCGGCCCCUCCCUCGCCACCAGCAACGACAAUCUUCUGCUGGAGCCCAGCCUCUGGGUUGGCCCAGCAUGGAGUCAGCCACAACUCCGGAGGUGGCCCUAGGCUCCAAGCUGAAGGUGGAAGAAGCCAGCCCAGCUGAUGCCGAAGGACCCCGGGCCUCACCUCGACAGCUCCUGCCGCCUGUGGAAGAACACCCCAAGAUCUGGCUACCUCGGGCCCUGAAGCAGACCUACAUCCGGAAGGUCGGAGACACAAUAAACCUACUAAUCCCAUUCCAGGGUAAGCCCAAAGCUCGGGCCACCUGGACACGUGAUGGGUGUGCCUUGGACGCCAGUCACGUGAGUGUGCGCAGUGGGGAGCAAGACUCCAUCCUCUUCAUCCGGGAAGCCCAACGUGCCGACUCGGGCCGCUACCAGCUCAGCGUGCAGCUGGGUGGGCUAGAGGCCACCGCCGCUAUUGACAUCCUGGUGAUCGAGAGGCCAGGCCCUCCCCAGAAUGUUAAGCUGGUGGAUGUUUGGGGCUCCAACGCUACCCUGGAAUGGACAGCUCCCCAAGACACAGGCAAUACAGUGCUCCUGGGAUACACAGUGCAGAAGGCGGACACAAAAUCUGGGCUGUGGUUCACUGUGCUGGAACGCUAUCACCGCACCAGCUGCGUCGUCUCUGACCUUAUCGUGGGCAACUCCUAUGCCUUCCGCGUCUUCGCUGAAAACCAGUGUGGGCUCAGUGAGACAGCCCCCGUCACUGUUGACCUUGCUCACAUCCAAAAAGCAGCUUCUAUAUACAAGGCCAAGGGAUUUGCUCAGCGGGACUUCUCUGAGGCUCCAAAGUUCACCCAGCCUCUGGUAGACUGCACGACCAUCACUGGCUAUGAUACCCAGCUCUUCUGCUGUGUCCGUGCCUCUCCCAAGCCCAAGAUCGUCUGGCUGAAGAACAAGAUGGUUAUACAAGGCAACCCUAAGUACCGAGCCCUCAGCCACCUGGGAAUCUGCUCCCUGGAAAUUCGGAAGCCUAGUCCCUUUGAUGGAGGCAUCUACACUUGCAAAGCAAUUAACGCCUUGGGGGAGGCAUCUGUAGACUGCCGGGUGGAUGUGAAAGCUCCUUAUUGAGACAAUCUACAAGGACAGAGUACCUGAGAAAGGGUCUCCAGGAAGCCUGACUGGGACAAGACUGUACUCUUGACUCACUUUAGCACA